AUGUUGAAUGCCCGCACAGCUUUAUUCGUGUCUUUAACGGCAAUAAUAAUUUUUUACAUCACGACAUUUCGAGAGACUUACGGAAUAAUUAAAUAUGUGAAAACCAAAUUUCUAACUAAUAACAAUCAAGAGGUGUCGGAAGAUGUUUUACUACUUUCUGAACAUGAAUUAUUAAGAUAUAACGGUGACAGCGGUUCGAAAGGUUUAUACCUUUCGAUUUUAGGGAUCGUGUUCGAUGUUGAAAAAGGUAGGAAACACUAUGAACCUGGUGGCAGUUACCACGUAUUUGCCGGGCGAGAUGUUUCGAAAUCCUUUAUAACAGGAGAGUUUGAAAGCGACCAAAUUGACAAUGAUGUCCUGACAUUAGAUGACAAAGAAAUCAUAAGUCUUAAACAAUGGCUAGCUUUCUAUUUUAAAGAAUACAAAUAUGUGGGAAAAUUGAUUGGCCAAUUUUAUGAUAAUAAUGGACACAAAACAGAUUAUUUAAAGCGGUUUGAAGAUAAAAUCAUUCAGGCAGAGCGGAAUGAGAAGGAGAAUAAAAAGAUUCUAAAUCAGUAUCCUGCAUGCAAUAUAGAGUGGGCUGAAGGAGUCGGCACAAAGUACUGGUGUACAAAUAGAAGUGGUGGUCAGCUUCGGGAUUGGGUUGGUUUUCCUAGACAAAUCUUUGACCCUAACUCCAAUACUGAACGAUGUGUUUGCGUUCAAAACCCUUCCGAUACUGCGAAUCAGUAUAAACCAUAUGCUAAUUGUGAUACUUUAUCAGAAUUUUGUUUUUUAAACAAUUAA